AUGAGAACAUUUGGUUGUGUUGCUUAUGCUCAUAUCCCAGACACAGAGAGAAAGAAGCUGGACAAAAAAGCAGUUAAGCUUCGCUUCGUGGGAUAUGCAACCAACGCCAAAGGUUACCGUCUGUGGGAUGAAGUAAAGAGGAGGAUGCUCAUUCGCAGAGAUGUUGUAUUCAAUGAAACAGACUUUGGAUGCAAACGGGAUGAGAAAAACAGUUCAGAAAAUGAGUGGCGGGUGACACCGAGCCUCAAAACCCAGCUGGCGGUGUGGCCAGGGCCCCUGUCCCCACUGCCGAGGGCCCCACUGUUGCAGAUCAGCCAGGAGGGGCAUCCCCCGCUGGAGCGCGUGAAGAAACGCUUUGGCUUUUGUCGCGAGUUUGGGUGCUCCAAAAUUGAGACCCUGAGCUGCAGCUGGGACAAGUCUGGUACCCAUACCGGCUCUCCCCCUCCUCCCACUGGCCGUGAAUGCGUGCCUUUCACUGGCAGGCUCGCUCCACGUGUGGUCCAUACCCGGGCUGCCACUCUGAAGGGCAGCCGCUGUUCUGUCCACGUCUGUCCCGCAUUGGGAACGCUGGAGCGCGCUCACGUGUGGCCUCCUGGCUCCGAACACGCGGCUGUAGCGUGCACAAGUGCGAGUGCUCCAGCUUAA